GAUGUUGAAGAGAACAAGAUCAGACUAAGAAUAAAUGGAUAGAAAAUCAUGUGGUAUUCACAGAAGAGCAAAAAUGCAGCCUUCUGAAAUGGUCAUGAAUUUGAGACAAGUCUUUCUGUCUGUGCUGAUGUUUGGAGUAGCAGGACUACUCCUCUUCAUGUACUUACAGGCUUGGAUUGAAGAACAGCAUACAGGCAGAAUGGAGAAGAAAAGAGGGCAAAAGGCAACUUCAGAACUGAGGACAACAAACUAUUUCCAACCUGCACCCAGAAUCAUAUCUAGAGAGAACCUCCAGCAGGAGAUCAAUAAUCAGGAUUCUAAUCUCCAGGUUCUGGGAGAACUGAAGCAAAACAAUGAGAGCUUCAUUAUAACUAAGACAUUCUCUGGGUCUUUGAGUGAGGUCAGCCACUUAAAAGGAGAUGCUCAGGCUUCCAUUGAAAAAAUAAGCUCACCAAAUGGCAAGUUGUAUAAACAACAUCGAGUAACCAAGUCCCUUUUCAAGAAGUUUAACCAAAUAACUUGGCCUUUGGACGCUCGCCCUUUGAACAAAAGUUUAAUCAGAGGUGACAAAUGGAAGAAAACUGAUGCAGCUCAAGAAAAAAGGAGAGCUUUCCUUCAGGAUUUUUGUAAGAAAUAUGGGAGUGGAAACCGUGCCCAAUCCCAUCUUUUUCAUAUGGUAUCCAGAAUCUACGUGGAAGAUAGACACAAAAUCCUCUACUGUGAAGUACCAAAGGCUGGCUGUUCUAACUGGAAAAGAAUUCUCAUGGUGCUGAAUGGCAUAGCUUCUUCUGCUUAUAAUAUUACUCAUAAUGCUGUGCACUAUGGAAAACAUUUGAAGAAGCUAGAUAGCUUUGAUCUAAAAGGGAUAUAUACUCGAUUAAAUACUUAUACCAAAGCUGUUUUUGUUCGUGAUCCCAUGGAAAGAUUAGUGUCUGCAUUUAGGGAUAAGUUUGAACACCCAAACAGUUACUACCAUCCAGUAUUUGGAAAGGCAAUUAUUAAGAAAUAUCGACCCAAUGCAUGUGAAGAAAAAAUAAACAAUGGAUCUGGUGUGAAAUUCAAAGAGUUUAUCCGCUAUUUGUUGGAUUCCCAUCGUCCAGUAGGAAUGGACAUUCACUGGGAAAGGGUCAGUAAACUCUGCUAUCCUUGUUUGAUCAACUAUGAUUUUGUAGGAAAAUUUGAAACUUUGGAAGAAGAUGCCAAUUACUUCUUGCAUUUGAUUGGUGCUCCAAGAGAGCUAAAAUUUCCAAAUUUUAAGGACAGACAUUCUUCUGAUGAAAGGACCAACGCAGAUGUUGUAAGACAGUACUUAAAGGACUUGUCCAAUAUGGAGAGACAAUUGAUCUAUGAUUUUUAUUACCUGGACUAUUUGAUGUUUAAUUACACAACACCAUUUGUAUAGCUGGUGUACAGAAAUCCUUUCCUUUGCUAAUGAAAAUGUGCUCAGAUAAGUAAUUAUAUCUUUACCUUACUUCUCUGUAUUGAAGAACUGGAACUAAAACAGUUGUCUGAUGGAAUGGAAAUUUUGUCAAAUAACAUGACACCAAUUGGCACAAAAUUAUAGGAAAAUGGCAUAAAGGAAAUAUGUAAACAACUUGAAUGGCAUGAAAAUGUCUGGAAAAGAGCCACUUUUGCAUUAUGAAUUGUAGUGUGGAAGUAAUAACAUAGCCAGCUGUUGCAUUAGCUAAAACAGCACUCUUGUAAUUCAAAAGCAUCUAAAAUAGCAUGGGUUUUCGUUGGUUUCUAGGAUCCAUUGUCUAAAGUGCAUGGGUUUAUUUUUUACUGUCUGUGGUAUAUUAAUAAAACCACUGGAUGGUUUUGUAACUCACUCAAAGCUUUCA